CCAAAAUUGCCAAAGCAAAGCGCAACACCUAGCAACAAUGUUUAUGAUGCUCAGCAUGAGGAAAUAGAAGUAUUUCUCGAAUCUCUCAAGAAUAAACCAAUUGUGGAGCAAAAACAAAAAUUGGGUGAUAGACUCUUCCCAAAAGUUAAAACCGCAGUUAAGAAUCUUAGAACGAAGGUUCAAGCAAACAAGAUAACAAUCAUUCUUCUCGAUACCAAUGAUCUCCGCGAAUUAGCUCAUUCGAUGAAUGAUCCAGAUAUAUUUAAAGUAAAAUUUGAAGCUGCGGUGGCAAAAAUUACUGCUGCCAAAUAA